CCCCCUUAGCUACGCCCAUCUCCUCAUUAUGUCUUCGGGGCGCGGCCCCUAAAGCCCCGCCCUUCACCAUUUUUGGGGGUGUGAUGGGCGUGGUUUUUUAGGCUCCACCCCCUGACGGCGGCUCCGCCCCUCCCACGCAGGCAGCGCCGGGUCGGGGGCGUCUCCCCAAGCCCCUCCUCUUUUGGGGCGUGUUCCCUCCGGGCCCCGCCCCUUUGUUCCCCCCCGUCGCCCACCCCCGUGGCCCCCGGGCCCCCCCCCGGCCCAUUCGCCCCAGCCCGGCCGCGCCAUGAGCCACCUCGGGGCCCCGCUGCUGCUGCUGGGGCUGCUGGGGGCUCUGGGACCCCCCCCGGCCGCGGGGCAGGACCCGGGCCCGGCCCCGAGCCCCCACCCCACCGCCCGCCCCAACGCCACCAGGCCGGUGUUUCCGUGCGGGGGGGACCACCGAGGGGAGUCGGGGUUCAUCGCCAGCGAGGGCUUCCCCCGGCACUACCCCCCCGGCAGCAACUGCACCUGGACCAUCACGGUCCCCGAGGGCCAGGUGGCCACUCUGUCCUUCCGUGUCUUCGACCUGGAGCCGGACCCCCUGUGCCGCUUCGACUCGCUGUCGGUGUUCGGGGGGCACGGCCCGGGGGCGCCGCUCCUGGGGCGUUUCUGCGGCACGUUCCGGCCGGGGGCUCUGCGGGCCCCCCACAACCGGCUGCGGCUGCGCAUGGAGAGCGACGGCGGCACCGCCGGGAGGGGCUUCCUGGCCUGGUUCAGUGCCGGCAGCCCCCCGACUAACG